AUCUCAUGACAGCUGAAGUCAUUAGAUGCAGAGAAGUGAUGAAAAGAUUGCUUGCAAUUGUUUGCCAUCUUGCUCAGUAUAAUCUGGCAUUUAGAGGGCACAGGGAGAAGUUAUUCGAGCAUGGGAAUGGAAAUUUCCUGGGGCAAGUACAGUUAAUGGCCAAAUUUGACCCUGUGAUGAAGGAGCAUCUCUGGAAAAUGAAAGCGAAACAGAUUGCUGAUACCUACCUGAGCAAACGCAUACAGAAUGAAUUGAUAUGCCUUGUCGCCCAGUGCACCACUGAUGCCUUAGUGGAGCGUGUGAGGAGGGCCAAAUACUAUGCAGUCAUCAUGGACUGCACUCCAGAUGUAAGCCACAAUGAGCAGCUAUCAGUGCUGCUGCGAAUUGUCAACUGUGAGCUCACAAAGGGAGUUUCUAUCCAUGAGCACUUCAUGGGAUUUCUUGUGGCAGAUGACACCACUGGCCAAGGUCUUCUGCAGCUGUUUCUAGGACACCUGGAAAGAUUGGGGUUGGACCUCUCCAACUGCCGAGGCCAGUCUUACGAUAAUGGCAGUAACAUGCAAGGCAAAACACAGGGUGUCCAGGCGAGGAUGUUGGAACUCAACCCCAAAGCACUGUGUGUGCCAUGUGGCAGCCACACCUUAAACCUGGUGGUGGGGGAUGCUGCAAAGUCCUCAACCAUUUCUCUGGGAUACUUUGGCACACUACAAAGGCUGUACACUUUGUUUAGUGGCUCUGUUCAGCGUUGGACCAUCCUUCAGGAGCAUGUGAAAGCUUUCUCAGUCAAGGCCUUGUCCACUACAAGAUGGGAGUGCCGGGUGGAUGCUGUCAAGGCUGUGCGCUACCAACUCCCAGAGAUCGUUGAUGCGUUGACAGCUGUGCACAAGCAUGCAACAUUGAAGAAAGAUCCAGAAUGCGCCUCCACUGCUGACAGCCUCAAGGAGAACAUGAUGAAGUGGUCAUUCAUGAUUUCUACAGAUGUACACAUCCCCGACCCUGAUGCAUGAAAACCGGUGCCCCACACACAUACACACACACACACACACACACACACUCUACUCAAUCUCUCCUCAUUCAGUCACAUACCCUUUCUCUCUCUCUCUUUCACUCCCACAUAUGUUCCCUCUCAUACACAUGCAUUCUCACUCACUCACUCACACACACACACACACACACACACACACACACACACACACACACACACACACACACACACACACACACACACACACACACACACACACACACACACACACACACACACACACACACACAUACACACACACACACACACACACCCCUCUCUCACAUACUCAUUCUCUCUCUUUCUCUCACACAUGCACGUACACAAACUUUGCCUAUUUCCUUUUUUAACUAAUUUUGUUCAAUAAAUACUUCGCAUUUUGACAUACGAUGGUGUGAUAUCUGAAACUUAUUUCUCGCAUAUUAAUGUUGA